AUGUUUUCUAUACCUAGCCGUGCAUCUGACGAUGGCUUCCGCGCCUUCAUCCCAUCAUCAAUCCGCCCUCGAAAAGUAAACACUACAAAGCGGAAACAGAAGAAUAAAGCAGCGGAGAACAAGCUAGGCGACAAGGGGCCAUCCGUAAACUGUACAGAAAACAAGGUUGCCGAUAUCCUCCAACAAAAGAUUACUCUAUUGCCUGCACCCGUUUCGAUUGCGACAGCAGGUGCCACAGUUACUCUCAAUGAUCAAGUACCAGUCGAGAAGUACAUCCUGAAACUUCUGACCUCAGAUACAGCGAUUGACGUGCCAAGCCCUGGAAGUUUUGAUGGCGCAGCGACCGGAAAACCAUCAGAACCAGGCGAGCAAUUGCCCUCCUCCCCUGAUAUAUUGAUUCAUGACGCAAAGGACCUAGAUUGCGGAUCGCAAUUGAAUCGGAACCAUGGUCCUUUGGAAGCCUGUACGGCCUCAGACACAGCCGAACUGACAGCUGCAUCGACCGCAGACGCGCACCUACCGGGUUCCGGAUUUGACUGCGACAGAGAACCUAAAGGCUCCCCCGAAACCUCGGCUUUUGGCGUAUGUAGCCCUGCUGAGAACGUAUCAGAGUCAGCGGUUAGACAAGAGCGGCUUCAUUCGAUCGACGGAUCAGAUUCACAUUCGGAAGCAGCAGACCAGCGUGUUGCUUUCAAGUUGACCGACACAAGAGAUGAAGGCGGACGGAGUAACCUUGAUCUGAAUCAAAUCAUGAGAGAAUUAGGAGAGUUAGGUGGAGACGAAAGACAUCGAUUCCGAGUUGAAAUCACGGAACACCAAGAAUGGAAUGGUGAGAAGCGCUAUGGCUUCAAAAAGCAGGGAUGUCCUAAAGACGAGACGAGGUGGGAUGGUGAGAGCUACUUCGAUAAAUGUCCAGAAGUCAUCGAAGAGUACUGGGAUCGUGUGAGGAGCCAACAUUCGACCAUCAACGCCACUGAAGGAGAAGUCUGCCGGAGCCCAUUAAGCAGCCGCAUCUUAUGUGAGAUCAAGCUCGCUAAUGAUUCCGAGGAAGAGCCAACAGCGCUUAGUGAAGACGAAGAAGACGAAAAAGACGAAUACUAG